CACCGCAGCACGCGCGACGGGUCCCGAGGUGCAAAAACUCAGGUGCUCGCAGUCCCGGCGCCUCACCCACACCGCCCAGACUUUUUUCAGCAGCUCAAUGGCCUCCCCAAAGAAGAAGCUUCAAGGUCUCGUUGCUGCAACCAUCACGCCAAUGACUGAGCAUGGAGAAAUCAACUUUUCAGUCAUUGGUCAGUAUGUGGAUUAUCUUGUGGAAGAACAGGGAGUGAAGAACAUUUUUGUGAAUGGCACGACGGGAGAAGGCCUGUCCCUGAGCGUCUCAGAGCGUCGCCAGGUCGCAGAGGAGUGGGUGGCCAAAGGGCGGAACAAGUUGGAUCAGGUGGUAAUUCAUGUAGGAGCCCUGAGCUUGAAAGAUUCACAAGAACUGGCCCGACAUGCAGCAGAAAUAGGAGCUGAUGGCAUCGCUGUCAUUGCACCUUUCUUUCUCAAGCCAAGGAACAAAGAUAACUUGAUUAAUUUCCUAAAGGAGGUAGCUACUGCCGCCCCAGCAUUGCCAUUUUAUUAUUAUCACAUUCCGGCCUUAACAGGGGUAAAGAUUCGUGCUGAGGAAUUGUUGGACGGGAUUCAGGGUAAGAUCCCCACCUUCCAAGGGCUGAAGUUCAGUGACACCGAUCUCUUAGACUUCGGGCAAUGUGUUGAUCAGAAUCGCCAGCAACAGUUUGCUUUCCUUUUUGGGGUGGAUGAGCAACUAUUGAGUGCCCUGGUGAUGGGAGCAACUGGAGCAGUGGGUAGUACCUAUAACUACAUGGGAAAAAAGACAAACCAGAUGUUGGAGGCUUUCGAACGAAAGGACUUCUCUUCAGCCCUGAACCAUCAGUUUUGUAUUCAGAGAUUUAUCAACUUUGUGCUCAAACUCGGUUUUGGAGUGUCGCAGACCAAAGCCAUCAUGACUCUGGUCUCUGGGAUUCCAAUGGGCCCACCCCGGCCUCCACUGCAGAAAGCCUCCAGGGAGUUUAUUGAUGAUGCAAAAGCUAAGCUGAAGAGCCUGGAUUUUCUUUCUUCUACUGAUUUAAAGGAUGGAAACUUAGAAUCCUAUAGCUAGUGCCUCUCUAUCAAAUUAGAGUGUGUACCUUGAAUGGUACCUUCAUUUCUCAAGGACUUUUUAGAUGAACUUGAACUAAACUUUUUCCUAGCAAAUGAAAUCUCACCCAAUCAACGAGUACUUAAGUACCUUCUAAGAUCCUAAAAAUGUUUUAUUUUGUGAAGGGGCAAAAACUCUAAAAGGAAUCAUGAGCCCUGAGUUAUUCAAUAUUUCACAAAAUUUUUGUGGAGAAAUUUCUGCUUAUAUGGAUGAAAUGGAAUCAAGAAAAAAAUUAUAAUGAUUCAUUCCAUCUGCCUUUAGGAGCUCCCAUUAUCUUGAUUUCUGAU